AUGACUGCUCUCGACGUCAAUGCAGGCUCGCGGUCUUCUUUCCUCAGAGUAUGGACCUCGAUCUAUGAUCCAAACAUUCUUACUCAAAGACUCAAGACCGCGCGGUUGAUAUAG